AUGCGGCAUUCAAGGGCUCUUGCUAGGCUCUGCAAUCCAGGACGCUGCUACAAGCAGGGAGCUCAUUCAUACUCCACGAACAGUCCAUUUGCAUCUUUUAUUUCAGAUGUAAAAAUUCCAGAGUCAGUAGCAGCUUCUGUAGAAGAAGCGCGUCGGAGUGCCCCGAGACUUAGUUCACUGGGAGACAUAGAAAUUCCCUCGAUCGUUCCAUCAUCCACCACUUCUCUGUUUGCUGCACGGGCUGCUCAGAGGCAGAAGAGGCAGUUGACUGAAGCUGCGCCCAAAAAGGUCGAGGCUAAAGUUGUAAACACACCGAAACCAACUUCGCUGCUAUCUAGAAGGUCUCAAAGAAUCCCGAAAGACGAGGAGAGACGUCCCAAUGAUGGACCCUCGAACCCGCAAACUGCCCCUGCUCACCCUCGUUCGAGACGGCCCCUUCCUGCGGAGACUACUAGGUCAGCACCAGCAGAAAUGCGCACAGACCGGCGAAGGGAAAGUCCAAGGGUUCCCAAGCCAAGCCGUGUUGUUAAGCCUACACCUCUCAAGGAUCUCAAUGAAACCGACACACCCGCUCCGCCAGCAUUGCAUGUUAGUUUCAACAACACUGACUUGUCGGAGCUGUUCAGUUCACCGGCCCCCAUUCCCUAUAUCGCUCAGCCAUCAAUUGCCCAGUCACGCAUUGACUCUCGGGUGCAACUCUUGAAAGAACGUGCCGGCGAUUACUCGCGAUAUCUUCCGGGAAACAUUAAAUCCACAACACAGACGCCAGGGUCAAUAGAUUACGCGAAGUUGAUUUUGGCUCGUAGGAGAGAAGUUGGAUUAAGGCCGAGGCGCGCCGCCGUGGAGCUCAUGCAUCAAGCAGGACUUAGUCCCACGUCAGUCCCUGCAAUUUCAUCGUAA